GUGGAAACUACCUACAACCGUGAGGCCCUGUUUGCAUGCUGUAAUGUAAUGGAUCAGCUUGUGUCUCUUGUCUGUGUAACAUAGGUACUUCUGAUUCUUUUCUUCAGCCCUUGUUUUACGAACUUUUUUUUUUUUUGGCCAAACUUGUUAUUGCCACCUCGCAUUUCCUGCACGUCAAACGUUAGCAGUCGCCAUUUUCCCCAUCGCGCGUCAGAAACCGGUCAUCUUGCAAAGUUACCUUACCUAUAACGUCUAGACUGAAUUUUGCUCGGCAACAAUUUGCUUCAACAGGCGACGGGUAACAGAUACUACGAGAUACUUGCUCGCAAACGACCCGUCGAUGAAGCGAUGAUUGAUUGACCACCUGCGGACUCGAAUUUGACUUUCGCGCAUCAUGGAACGCAAAAGGAAGCUUCCCGCGAGGGCUGCUGCGCGCGUCGAGCAAGUGUCCAAGAAGCGAACAGCAACUCCCCCAGACAAUCGCUCUGCAACACCAGUUCCAACUCCUCCGACCACAGUCGCCGAAGAGUCUCCGAUACCGGUUCCGGCGGUGCCGCCCUUGCCAAAGUCCAUUCAGUCAGGGAAACCUUUGCCAACGGUCGCCGAACCGCAGCCCGACGACCUCUCGAACAAAGAGUACCAAACUAUACAGGAGAGUGGUGUCCUGGGAGAGUCACUCCAUCGUUCGCGUCAAAAAUGGAUCAACGAGGGCAUAUUCGAAAAAUACUGGACCAAGCCCAUAAAGCGAAAGGGCGCCGUCAUAGAGGAACCGAAUAAUCCACCAAAAGACAGCAUGUCGAGAAUUGGAACUGUUACCAUUUUCGCCGAGCCUCACGUAUUCGAUGCUACCAUGUUUGCGGUCAAAGACCCCAAGCCACCCGCUCCACUCCCGCCGACUCGCCCAGUAAUCCAGUAUGGCCCCCCUAACGGUACCAUGCCGCCGCCAGCUUCCGGGCCAGGUACAACACCUUCGACUCCUGUGAUCAAGUCGGCCGAUAGUCCGGCUACGGCCACCGCCAGUAUGGACACGCCACAGGCGAAGACAGAAGGACAACAUCGGGACUCUUCAAUACCUGCAACGAAGACGAACGCCGAGCCCGCUCACUCGCAAGCUCCGAUUAUAGGACCAACCGAUAGUCAGUCUAAUGGGCAACCACCAGAGUCCAAACACCGACCGGCACCCCCUCCACAAGCACAACCAACCCCUCCCCUUCCCGUUGCUGCUGCUCCCGUACCUCUUUCCCAACCAUCAGCCAUGCAUCCGUCUUUUCCAAGCCGGCCUCCUCCGCCACCGGCAACAUCCGGCUCUGCAGCUGGCACUCCGGCACCGCACACUCCACGACCCGCUACAGCCCAACCUGCGGGCGCCGACCCGAUUAUUGUUAUGCUGGCUGAGAAGGCCACGGAGGAUGCUCACCUUCGCGAAUUGAUGAAGCGUGUUGCGCAAGGUCUGGCACCCAAGGACGAGCUGGACAGAUUUCAAGCCAUCAUAGACAAGAUCACCUUGGAGGCGAGGCGGAAAGGCAUAGUAGCGGCGUCGUCUGCCGACAGUCUAACUAUUGACGGGAAGACGGUACGGUACUUUGCGGAUGAGGUUCGGACCAUUCUAGACAUUGUCUUGACGACAAACCCGCGCCAGACUUCAGCCGACCUCAGGCCACCAGCAAAGAGCGAUCCGCUAGUCGUAGAGCUGGUGAAAGCGGCCCUGGAUGAGCCAAAAACUCGGGAUUUGGUUCGGAGGAUUGCCGAGAAUCGACCUUACUUUGCUGACGCAACGGAUCUCAAGUUGUUGUUGGACAAGCUCAAGCAAAGCCUUGUCAAGGCGGCAGAAGAGCGGAAAGCUGCAGGAGCUGCCACCCCGUCGCAAUCAAAGGCCAAGGCUCCCACUAACGGCCAUGGAGCUUCCAACCAAACAGCAACGCCGCCCGCGCCGCAACAAGCACUGAGGUCGAAAGGGCCCCCGCCUGCGCCCAAACCCGAUAUAUCAGCUGUGGUAUUGGAAUUUGCGAACGGGACGGGUGACAGAUAUCUCUUUCCCAAGUUCAGUAUCCUGGAAUCAGUCCAGGGGCCUACGGGGCCGCAGAUACUUGCGUCCUUUUUACUUGUCCGGAAAGGGAGCACUUCAGAGUACGGCGGUGAUCCCAACCUCGAUUACUACCAACCAAUCACCAUCAGAAUACAAGCUUCUUCACCCAAGUUGCUUGAUAAUCUGACUCGGGUCGUUGCGCCUAGAGACGAGGUCAAAAGGUACAUGGAUGAUAUCAUGGACAACAUGACGCGCGCUGAAUAUGUGCUGCUGGCGAUGCGCCUCCCCCGACCAGAAAAGGAGGACAAGGACGGUGCCGAAAAAGACGGGAUCUCAGGGGCGGCAAAUGGGGCAACUGGGCCGGAAGUCAUUGGCCAAGUGCCGGCGCAAGACGGUCCUCUAUGGACAGCAAAGGCAACCGCGAAAACAGCUGCAUCGCACAAGUUGGACAAGAAGGUCGCUGGCGAGGACGAAGAGUAUCAGAAAUUUAUCGCGUCAGUCACUCCAAUGGAGGUAGACCAAAACUAGCUUUCAGCAAGGGGGUAUUGUCGGGUUUGUACGAGCACUGGUUGUUGGUCUAUAGCGCCAUCGUAUCGCUUCAUCUGUAUUGGCUCGAGCGUCACACUGUCAUCUAUCGAAAUUGGGGAGCCUGGGCGCGUGGUGUUUUUAUAUGGACUUAGGCAACAAAUGCCAAAAAUGCUUGUGGGG